CACAAUUCUCAAAUGAUUACGGUACCGUAUUGGAGGUUAUACCAGGAAAGUAGGGUAUUUUGUACUAAAAUCGUGGUUUAACUAUAGUUCAAUCAAUUUCUACCGAUAAAAUUGUCUACUGUCUAAUAUCCGAUAUUUCCAGUCCGACCAGCCGGUACAGUUGUGUUUUUUAAACAUUGUAUAAUAUAAUAUGAAUAAUUUUUAAUUGAUUUAGAAUGCUUGUUAGAAAGAAAGUACAAAGUUUUCCGGUACAAUCUCUAGUGAAAUACAAGUUGAAUAAUACCCUACCACUAAUUUUUCCGGCCAAUCUCUGGUGCAGUUUAGAAAGAAAGUACAAAUUAAAUCACUAUUCAUAAUUAUAAUAUUAACAUACUAUCAAAUUAUUUUACUAUUACAUAAUCAAUAAAAUAACAUAUUCAUCACACUUCCCAAUACACACUUCCUUCCCAAUUUCUUCCAUAAAACAAUAUUUUCCUCUCAAUUUCCUUCACCUCCAAAUCCCCCCUCCCCUCCUAAUUUUCCUUUACCUCCCCUUCUUUUCCUCCUUCCUUCGUAAACAUAGUGUAAGAGAAAUUUUGAAUUGGGAUGGUAGUUUUCUAAUCCCACUGUAAAUUUUUCGGCUGCUUUCCUAAACGUCUUUCACCGUCAAAGAAUCAGAAGAACAAAGAAAGACAACAAAAUAACAACGGAGUAAGAGACCAAAGAAAAUGGGGAAGGGUGGGCGCAGCCAAUUGGUGUCGCCAUCAACCUUCCUACUCAGUGGGUGCGGCCGCGUUCACAUCACUCAGUCUCAGUCAGUGCCUUGCCAAUAGCAACAGUCAACAGCCAACACCUCGCCCUUCUCCGUCCAUUUUCUCUCCGAUCUUCGAUUUCUCUCGCGCUCGCUCUUUUCAGUCUCUCCAACUCCUCACCACCCACCUUCUCGAGCUCUGUCUUUCGCACACCCGUCCAUCCAUGGCUUCUCUCGCCAGGAACGCCGAAGCCUCCCUCUCAAAACUCCUGUCAAGGCCUUGGAACAGAGCUUCUUCUCAGCAGCAGCAGCCGGCCAACGUGUCUGCAACCUUGACGAAGAAGAAGCCCGUCGAGGGUGUGACAGUCGACCUCAACUCGAUUGCUUCGCUAAACUUGGACCACGCUCACUCCCGGAGACUGGUUCGAUCCGCUUUCACUCAUCUCCAGCAGCAGCUCGAUCAUCCUCUCUACAAGCUGGCUCCUCCAGGGAUUUGAACAGAACAGGUACGGAAUGAAAUAAACUGAAUCUAAUUUGGAACAGAGCGGGAUGGUGUCAAUUCAAUUGCUGGGUAUUUUUUGGCUUCUGUUGGUGGGAACUGGCAGUGGUAUGAGAUAAAUUAUAAGGGUCAGGAAGUGUUUUGCAAGAGCUGGAUGCCAGAACCUGGGGUUCGAAUCAAAGGUUCUGUGUGCUUCUGCUAUGGUUCUGGUGAUACCUGCACAUUCUUCUUUGAAGGUCCGUCUCUCGCGCUGAAGUUAAUGGAUAUAAUUUGAGCUGCUGCAGUACUGAUGGUGUUCAAUGAAUGACAGGUAUUGCAAGCCAAAUCGCUUCUUCGGGGUAUGCUGUCUAUGCCGUGGAUCACCCAGGUUUUGGUCUCUCUGAAGGAUUGCAUGGUUACAUUCAGAACUUUGAUGACUUAGUAGACAAUGCCUACGAAAUUUUUGCCAAGAUUGAAGGUUCUGACUUUUUCCCUCCUGCAUAGUGGUGGAUCAUAACAAAUGUUUCUCGGUUAUUCCUUCUCAAUGAAGUGACUCCAUUAUAGUUGGUUAUUGGCAGGAAGACCUGAGGUGAGAGGUUUGCCCAGCAUCAUAUUGGGCCAGUCCAUGGGUGGAGCUGUUACUCUCAAACUUCAUCUGGAAGAUCCAAGUGAAUGGGAUGGUGUCAUCCUUGUAGCCUCCAUGUGUAGAGUAAGCUCUUUCAUUUCUCUCUAUUUUGCUGUGCUACUUCAUCUAUAAUAGGCUCCAUUAAACAGUCUGCUUCUGUUCCAAGCAACUGCAGCAGAUUAGCACUAACUAAACUUACCAUCGGUUCCUGUGACAUAUUAUAGCACAAUUAAGACCCCUGAACUUUAAGGUACACAUUUUAGUUGGAUAAAUUUGGAAUCUUUAG